AUGGCCUGGCGCUCGUCGGGCCGCACCAACUCGGAGCUCGUCUCCAACCUCGUCUCGACGGGCAUCAUCACCUCGACGCCCGUCGCACGCGCAAUGGCCUCCGUCGACCGCGCGCACUACGUAUCCCAGCCCUCCACCGCCUACUUUGACACGCCCCAGCCCAUCGGCUACGGCGCCACCAUAUCCGCACCCCACAUGCACGCCCACGCGCUCCAGAACCUCGCCCCCUUUCUCGUCGCGGGCAACAAGGUCCUCGACGUCGGCUCCGGAAGCGGAUACUGCCUCGCCGUCUUCCACCACCUCGUCUCGCCCGGCUCCCGCGGUCUCUCCGGCGCUGGCGACGGCGCUGGCGACGGCGACGACAAGGGCAUUGGCGACGAAGCCACCGCGGCGACGCGAGGCAAGGUCGUCGGCAUCGAGCACAUCGGCGAGCUCGUCGACUGGAGCAAGGACAACCUCGUCAAGGACGGACUCAAGGCCGCUCUCGACGCCGCCGAGAUCCAGGUCUUCAAGGGAGACGGAAGGAUGGGCCGCCCCGACGCCGGCCCCUUUGACGCCAUCCACGUCGGAGCAGCCUCGCCCCAGAUGCCCCAGGCCCUCGUCGACCAGCUCCACGCGCCCGGCAGGAUGUUUAUUCCCGUCGACAGCGACCAGGGCUACGGCCAGGACGUCUGGCAGGUCGACAAGGACCGCCACGGCAACGUGCACCAGACGAGGCUGUUUGGAGUCAACUAUGUGCCCCUCACCGACGAGCACAAGCAGCGCCGCUAG